ACGGGAGCGCCAUGGCGGCCGACAGGAGGCUUGUGGCCGUGGCCUCCGGGGUCCUUUCACGACUGUGGCUGCCGGGAACCCGUACCGCAGGGCGACAGGGACGCUCGCGCGGCUUCUCAUCAGGCUGUCCCCGCCCCGACCACAGCGAGGAGGCCGUCGAGGCCGAGACAGGGGAGGCCCCCGCCGGGGCCGGUGACCGGGGCAUGGUGAACGCUUCUAGGGACCUAUUAAAAGAGUUCCCACAGCCCAAAAACCUUCUCAACAGUGUGAUUGGAAGAGCCCUCGGCAUCUCACAUGCAAAAGACAAACUUGUCUACGUGCACACAAAUGGACCAAAGAAAAAGAAAGUCACCCUGCACAUAAAGUGGCCCAAGAGCGUGGAAGUAGAAGGUUAUGGCAGAAAGAAGAUUGAUGCUGAGCAGCAAGCUGCAGCUGCAGCUUGUCAGCUAUUCAAGGGCUGGGGUCUGCUGGGUCCCCAGAAUGAGCUGUUUGACGCAGCUAAAUACCGUGUGCUAGCCGAUCGCUUUGGCUCCCCGGCUGACAGCUGGAGGCGCCCGGAGCCCACCAUGCCACCCACUACCUGGCGGCAGGUGAAAUCUGAGAACAUCCGGCCAGGGGGACCUGGGGGCCUAUCCUGCCCCUUAGGCCGGGAGGAAAAGGAGGAUGAGGAGGAAGAGCUAGAAGAGGGGACCAUCGAUGGCACCGACAUCCUGUCUGUGACCCAGCAGAACUCCCACACCACGCUCAGGGACUUGAGGGGGGGCUCCUUUGAAAUGACAGAUGAUGACAGUGCCAAUAGGGCCCUGACCCAGUUCCCACUGCCCAAGAACCUUCUGGCCAAGGUGAUUCAGAUUGCAACUUCAUCGUCUUCAACCAAGAACCUCAUGCAGUUCCAUACUGUGGGCACAAAGACCAAGCUGUCUACCCUCACCCUGCUCUGGCCCUGCCCCAUGACCUUUGUCGCCAAAGGGCGCCGCAAAGCAGAGGCCGAGAAUAAGGCAGCAGCCUUGGCCUGCAAGAAACUGAAGAGCCUGGGCCUGGUGGACAGGAAUAACGAGCCGCUCACCCAUGCCAUGUAUAACCUGGGCUCCCUGCGAGAGCUGAACGAGACCCAGCGCCGACCAUGUACCAUCCAGGUGCCCGAGCCCAUCCUCUGCAAGAUAGAGACCUUCCUGAACCACUUCCCCGUGGACACUUCAUGGAUUGCCCCUGAGCCCCGGCUGCAGUGCGAUGACAUCUUGCCCCUGGGCAAGGACUCAGGACUCCUGAGUGACCCUAUCACAGGCAGGCCCUACAUGCCCUUGUCAGAAACAGAGGAGGUGCAACUGAGCCAGAGGCUGCUAAAGCUGUGGCCACAGCGAGGGCCAGUCUGGCAAGACGUUCCCCAGCUACCUGUGGAUCCAUAUCGGGACACGAUCCUCAGUGCCAUAGAGCAGCACCCGGUGGUGGUCAUCGCGGGGGACACGGGCUGUGGGAAGACCACACGUAUCCCCCAGCUGCUGCUGGAGCACUACGUGGUCGAGGGCCGUGGCGCCCGCUGCAAUGUGAUCAUCACUCAGCCGCGCCGCAUCUCGGCUGUCUCUGUGGCACAGCGGGUCAGCCAUGAACUGGGUCCCGGCCUGCGCCGGAACGUGGGCUUCCAGGUGCGCCUGGAAAGCAAGCCGCCAGCUCGAGGCGGCGCCCUGCUCUUCUGCACUGUGGGCAUCCUGCUGCGGAAGCUGCAGAGCAACCCCAGCCUGGAGGGCGUGAGCCACGUCCUCGUGGACGAGGUGCAUGAGCGGGAUGUGAACACGGACUUCCUGCUGAUUCUACUCAAGGGCCUGCAGCGGCUCAACCCAACCCUGCGGCUCGUGCUCAUGAGCGCCACUGGUGAUACUGAGCGCAUCUCCCGCUACUUUGGUGGCUGCCCCGUCAUCAAGGUGCCUGGCUUCAUGUACCCUGUCAAGGAGCACUACCUGGAGGACAUCCUGCCCAAGCUGGGCAAGCACCAGUACCCACACCGGCACCACGAGUCGGAGGAUGAAUGCAUACUUGAUCUGGACCUCGUGACGGAUCUGAUUCUGCACAUCGAUGCCCGUGGGGAGCCUGGUGGGAUCCUGUGCUUUCUGCCUGGCUGGCAGGAGAUCCGAGGGGUGCAGCAGCGGCUCCAGGAGGCCCUGGGCAUGCAUGAGAGCAAGUACCUCAUCCUGCCAGUGCACUCCAACACCCCCAUGAUGGACCAGAAGGCCAUAUUCCAGCAGCCUCCAGUUGGGGUGCGCAAGAUCGUCUUGGCAACCAAUAUCGCUGAGACCUCCAUCACCAUCAACGACAUCGUGCAUGUGGUGGACAGUGGUCUGCACAAGGAGGAGCGCUACGACCUAAAGACCAAGGUGUCCUGCCUGGAGACUGUGUGGGUGUCCAGAGCAAACGUGAUCCAGCGCCGGGGCCGGGCAGGCCGCUGCCAGUCAGGCUUUGCCUAUCACCUGUUCCCACGCAGCCGGCUAGAGAAAAUGGCCCCCUUCCAGGUGCCGGAGAUCCUGCGCACGCCUCUUGAGAACCUGGUGGUGCAAGCCAAAAUCCACAUGCCUGAGAAGAUGGUAGCGGAGUUCCUCUCCAAGGCCAUGGAUAGUCCAGACAUCAAAGCCGUGGAUGAGGCUGUGACCUUGCUCCAGGAGAUCGGGGUGCUGGACCAGCGGGAGGACCUGACCAUCCUGGGGCAGCGCCUGGCCCACAUCUCCACUGACCCCCGGCUGGCCAAGGUUAUAGUGCUGGCUGCCAUCUUCCGUUGCCUGCAUCCACUGCUGGUGGUGGUUUCCUGCCUCACCCGGGACCCCUUUAGCAGCAGCCUGCAGAAUCGGGCGGAGGUGAACAAGGUGAAGGCACUGUUGAGCCAUGACAGCGGCAGUGACCACCUGGCCUUUGUGCGGGCUGUAGCCGGCUGGGAGGAGGUAUUGCACUGGCAGAACCGCAGCUCCCGUGAGAACUACCUGGAGGAAAACCUCCUCUAUGCACCCAGCCUGCGCUUCAUCCACGGCCUCAUCAAGCAGUUCUCAGAAAACAUUUACGAAGCUUUCCUGGUGGGGAAGCCCUCCGACUGCACCCUGGCCUCUGCCCAGUGCAACGAGUACAGUGAGGAAGAGGAGCUGGUGAAGGGUGUGCUGAUGGCAGGUCUCUACCCCAACCUCAUCCAGGCGAGACAGGGCAAGGUGACCCGGCAGGGGAAGUUCAAGCCCAACAGUGCUACAUAUAGGACCAAGUCAGGCAACAUCCUGCUGCACAAGUCGACCAUUAACAGGGAAGCCACACGGCUGCGGAGCCGAUGGCUGACAUAUUUCAUGGCUGUGAAGUCCAAUGGCAGCAUCUUUGUGCGGGACUCCUCCCAAGUGCACCCCUUGGCUGUGCUGUUGCUGACCAACGGGGACGUCCAUAUCCGAGGUGGGUUCCUGUGUGCUUACUACCCCCACUGCCCCUUGGGUGGGCCGGGUCCCCAGGACCCGGCUUCCCCUUGGCUCCGCAACACAUCUCCUUUAGAUGAUGGGUGCCGGGCCACCAUCUCACUGAGUGACAGUGACCUGCUGAGGCUGGAGGGAGACUCCCGCACUGUGCGACUGCUGAGGGAGCUGCGCCGGGCCCUGGGCCACAUGGUGGAGCGCAGCCUGCGCAGCGAGCUGUCUGCCCUUCCACCCAGCGUGCAGCAGGAGCAUGGGCAGCUGCUGGCCCUGUUGGCAGAGCUGCUGCGUGAACCCUGUGGCAGCAUUGACGUGCACAAGACAGCUGAUAAUUGAGUCCCGCUUCCACUGAUGUACAGAAUGGAAAUAUUUAUUUAAAAUAAAUUCUAUUUAACCCUU